GGUUUGUAGAAACUGUCAAAAGAGCUAAAAAUUUUCUUGCAAUUUCUUGUUACGAAAAGUAAUUUCGUCUGAACAAAAUCUGUAAAUAUAUUUGCAAAUAUGACUGAAGUUAUUACUAACAAUGCCACUGAUAAAGUGGCUACUUUAGUGAAGGAAGCGGAAUCAUUAAAAGCUAAACUAGAGGAAGAACGACAGAAGUUAAAUGAUGUUACAUUGUCUUCUGUGGCUGAAAGGCUUGAAAUGAUUACGUAUCUUAACAUAAAACCGCGCCGUGUAUUGAAAGGACAUCAAGCAAAGGUUCUCUGUUCUGAUUGGUCUCCGGAUAAAAGACAUAUCGUGUCAUCAUCGCAAGACGGUAAACUCAUUAUUUGGGAUGCUUUUACAAAUUACAAGGAACAUGCUGUGACAAUGCCUACAACUUGGAUAAUGGGAUGCUCAUAUGCUCCUUCCGGUAAUCUAGUGGCUUGUGGCGGUCUUGAUAACAAGGUGACUGUUUAUCCUAUUACGAUGGAGGAGGACAUUUCAUCAAGAAAGAAAACUGUUGGAACACACACUAGUUAUAUGUCAUGCUGCAUUUUUCCCAAUUCAGAUCAGCAAAUUUUAACCGGGAGUGGAGAUUCAACAUGUGCUCUGUGGGACGUGGAAUCUGGACAAUUAUUACAAAGUUUUCAUGGGCACACAGGAGAUGUAAUGUCAAUAGAUUUGGCUCCUAAUGAAACUGGUAACACAUUCGUGUCCGGUAGUUGUGACAAAAUGGCAUUCAUUUGGGAUAUGCGAUCUGGACACGUCGUUCAGUCGUUUGAAGGGCAUCAAUCGGACGUUAAUAGUGUCAAAUUUCAUCCUAGUGGUGACGCGAUCAGCACUGGUUCAGACGAUAGUACUUGCCGUUUAUUCGAUAUGCGCGCGGAUAAGGAAGUUGCAGUUUUCAGCAAGGAUAGUAUUAUCUUUGGUGUGAACUCAGUCGAUUUUUCUGUUAGUGGACGUCUUCUGUUUGCAGGAUAUAACGAUUAUACAGUAAAUGUUUGGGAUACCUUGAAGGCACAGCGUGUUUGUUUACUAUAUGGCCACGAGAAUAAGGUAUCGUGUUUGCAAGUGUCGCCAGAUGGAACUGCUUUAUCCACUGGAAGCUGGGAUUUCACUUUAAGAAUAUGGGCUUAAGUACUGAUAUAAAACACUAGGCAAAAGUGCAAUCUCAUAACGUAUGAAUUAUGACAAAUUUAUCCACGAUAUAUUUAUACCAAGAUAUCGGUAAAAUUAUUGUAAACACGUAUCUAAACAAAAGUCUCAUGAAUGUUCAAUAGAAAAUGUUAAAGUUAAUGCUCGUACUAUAAAUAUGUCAGAAAUUGUUAUUGAUCUAACUGUACUGUAUAAUCAAAUGAUAUAACUAUUACUUUUGAUGAUAAUCGUUGUACAUAUAGUGAAGCACACUAGCAAAUGCUUAAGUUAUUUUUGUUUACAUUUUUAAAUAUUUUUUGUGUACCCCGCCGAUUAAUUGUUAAAGCUAGGUUAAAAUAAAUUAACAAAUAUAUUUAUUUUUUGCGCCAUAUUUGAAUUCAAGAACUAUUUCAGUUUCAUAAUAAACUUGAACGUCAUCAGUAUUUAUUAGUGCUACGUAAUAUGUAUAAAUGUAAUAUCUAUGAAAAUAGAAGCAAAAUUUAGGAGAAAUACAUAUAUUAAUGCAGUAGACGUAAUAUUCGAA